UUUUCUCUCAUUUACGUGAACAUUUUCACAAACACUGUAGCGUUUAAAGACAAGAAAACCUUUCCUUUGCAUUAGUUUAUUCUUAUAUUAUUUAAAGAUGAAGCUGUACAGUUUACUAGUCGUUGCAGCUAUUUUAUAUCUAGAUUUUAUCACUGUAGAGGGAGCUUUGAAAGACAAGGAAUGUGAAGUUUGUAUCAAAUUCUUGAAUAAAGUAAAAGAUUCRUUGACAUCAGAAGAGGAAGGAGACUACAAAAAGAUUGAAACAAAAAUGAGGAAAGCUUGUAAGAAAGCAAAAUCCAAAGACAAUCGAUUUUGUUACUACAUUGGUGGAACUGAAGAUGCUGCUACAGGGAUGUUGAACGAGGUCACUAAGCCUAUGUCAUACUCCAAGCCUGUUGAGAAGAUUUGUGAAGCUCUUAAGUCAAAAGAUGCUCAGAUCUGUGAGCUACAAUAUGAACAAAAGAUUGAUCUGAAGAACACAAAUCUUAAAAAAUUAAGAGUAAAACAACUGAAGAAGAUCCUUAAUGAUUUUGAUGAGACAUGUCAAGGCUGCGUUGAAAAGUCUGACUACAUCAAGAAGAUUGAAGAACUUAUGGCCCAACACUCAGAGUUGUAAAGUAGUACAUAUUUUGAAUAAUAUUAAUGAAUUCAAGAGAAAAUAUUCUGCCCAGUUUCUUUCAAUUGUUACUUUCCUUUGGUUUUCUCUGUGCUUGUAUCACCUAUUUAGUGAAAUGUGAACAUAUGAAAGUUUAGCAUUAGUUUGUUUUCACUCAUCUUCAUCUGUGUAAUGUUGGGCUUCCUUCAGAGAAAGAAAUUGUAUGAUUAUAAUAAAGGAAUCUCAAAGCACAGAGGAGGGUUGGAAUGACUAUAAACAGUGCUUUUUGACAUCACAAAUUCGUUUUUUUCAUCAUAUACAUGUAGGGCUGUAUUCAUUGACAAAUCAUCAUUUUUAGAAUUAAUGAACUUUUUAAAAGUACUUCUGGGCUGGGUUGUUCAAAGCCAGAUAUUCGCAUUAAUCCAAAGGUAACUUAUAGGUUUUCUAAGAGUUAACUCCGCAUUAGUACCAACCAAGAUUUGAACAACCUGGCCCUGAUCAAGCUUCAGUUAGUAGCAUGUCAUAGCUACGUACAUUUACUUUAAAAAAAUAUUAAGUAUUUAAUACUUACAGUAAGAAUUGAGGAUUAUUUACAUUUUAUAAUUCUGAUUCAAGUACAAGACAAUUCCUAUCUUUAGUUGAUGGUCAGAUAUUAUCUGAUGGAAUAGCUAUAGUUAAAAGUCUUUGAUAUGACAAAUAUUGUAAUAAAAAAAAACAAUAAAACUACAAAUUUCUUUUUCU